UUGCAAUUUUGUUCAUUUCUUUUGAUAACAUUAACAAUUCAAUAGUGCAGUAAUUUUUGCAAUGGGUAUUCCAGUUGAGUUUCACUUGUGGAAGUCCAGUGUUGGCACAGAGUUCAUAUUCAGUUUCAUUAUGAUCACUUCACAUGCAGCUUGCCUCCGUCUGAUUCAGUCACCCUGGAAACCCUGGACAACACGCAGUAAUAUCAGGAACGAGCAGAGCCUGAAACAGAGGAAACAAAUCAGGCACGUUCAGUUGGAUAGAGGCUCCUCUGUGUGACAGUCUCCUGCUGAAGACAUGGCUGAAAACACUCCACUGCUGAACAGAACACCAACAUCAUCUGAAUCCAGGAUCAAUAACUCCAAACUCUUCCUGGCUGUCUUCUCGGCCAUCUUGGGGAACUUCAACUUCGGUUACUCCCUGGUUUACCCGUCACCGGUCCUGCCACAGCUCCAGAGCCCCGAUGUGGACCCUCGGCUCAGGAUGGGCAAGGAGCAGGCCGCCUGGUUCGGCUCCAUCUACACCCUGGGUGCAGCUGCCGGAGGGCUGGGGGCCAUGCUGCUCAAUGACCUGAUCGGACGGAAGCUGAGCAUCAUGACGUCAGCGCUGCCAUCCACUAUUGGGUACUUGCUGAUGGGAGGAGCUUCUGACAUCUGGAUGCUCCUUUUGGGCCGUUGCCUCACGGGUGUUGCUGGGGUGACGGCAGCAUCAAUACCUGUUUACAUCUCAGAGAUCUCCCCAAAAAGACUGAGAGGGGCUAUGGGCUCGUGCCCUCAGAUCACUUCUGUGACUGGGGCCCUGGCGCUCUACGCCCUGGGUCUGGUGUUACCGUGGCGGUGGUUGGCGGUGGUGGGGGGAGUCCCAGCUCUGCUGAUGGUUGUGCUGCUGGCGUUCAUGCCCAGCUCCCCCAGGAGGCUCCUCAAGCUCGGGAGGGAGCAGCAGGCAGAGAAGGCCCUCCAGUGGCUAAGGGGGAAACACUACGACACACAAGUCGAGCUCAGUGACAUAAAGCAAAGCAUCAACACACAGCCUGAAGUCACAUGGUCGCAGCUGGCCACACCCGUGUACUACCGGCCAAUCCUCAUCUCAGUGGGGAUGCGUUUCCUGCAGCAGCUGACGGGCAUCACACCCAUCCUGGUCUACAUGGAGCCCAUCUUUUCCAAAAGCAAGGUCUCCCUGCCUGCCAGGUUUGAUGCCGCCAUUGUUGGAGCAGUCCGCCUCGUGGCUGUUGCCACAGCAGCCUUUUUAAUGGACAAGGCGGGACGCAAAGCCCUGCUCUACACGUCGAGCAUGUUGAUGUUCGGGUCCAGUCUGACUCUCACCAUUAUCUCCCACACCACAUCCUGCCCUCCAGGCCCCUUCCCUCCUAACCUCACUGUGAGCUUAGACUACAUCUCCCAUAAUGCCAUUGGAAACGCUUUGGAAGCCAGCCAGCAAACUCUGCUGGUCAUUCCUCUCAUCAGCACCAUAGUGUUUAUUCUUGGAUACGCCAUGGGAUGGGGCCCGAUCACAUGGCUGCUGAUGUCGGAGGUGUUGCCACUGGUCACCAGGGGCGUGGCUUCAGGUCUGUGUGUGGCCGUCAGCUGGUUGACGGCCUUCGCCCUCACGCAGGCCUUUGUACACCUGGUGGAGGAUCACAGCCUGUUCGUGCCCUACCUGUUCUUCACCGUGGUGUGUGUGUUCUGCCUGCUGUUCACCGCCGUGUGUAUCCCAGAGACUAAAGGGCGCUCGCUGGAAGAAAUAGAGAAUUAUUUCAGGACAGGAGGCACUUUCACCAUCACCCAGAGUCCUUCCACUGAACAGACGUAGAGAUAAAACCAAAAUUGUUAUUUAAUAUGCAUUUUUGGGAAACUGCAUUAUGAGCCAUUUAUGUCCUUAAAGUUUAUUUUGAUGCCAACAUCAAACUUCGGAUGCAACAGUAAGCAUUUCUACACUGUGGUAUUACAACAUUUAAAUGGAUAAAUGAUCACGUAAAUGUACUUGUUAUCAUACACCUCGAACACAAACGGGUUAAUUUGAUCACUGAUGUAAAUACAAACAUAGCAACAUUCAAACUAAAAUAGCAAUAGGAUUAAUUACGAACAAAUACCUUUAAACACAGCCUAGUGUUUUCUUUGGUAACCAGCCAUGAAGUAAGCCUACUAAUACAUUUGGAAAUUCCUGAACGCAAUACACUGUAUACUUUGUUAUGUUAAAAGUGAUAAAUCUGGUUUUCUGUUGCACAAUCGUAGGCCCAAAUGUAAAGACGCCUCACCAUGGGUCUUUGCUUUAACUAGGUAUGAUUUGAAGGCCAGUGUCAGAAAACCUGAGGGUUACGGAGGGUUCAUAAUAUGAAUACCUGAGAAUAGCAAGGCCCAAGACCACAAUAUCCUCAAACAUUUAAUAACCAUGUGAUCAAACACGUUGCCAGCUGUCUGAAAUAAAUCCUGGGUCAUUAUCUCCUCUGGGCCUUUAAACGAGGACAGGAAGUGACGGUCCUAGCACACCGGUGGCAGAGCAGGACAGGUCACAUGCCACAGUCUGCACUCACUGUCUGACUCAGCCAUCGUGAUCUUUUACCUGCCCCAUCUUCAUAGCUCCUUAGCAGCGGGACUCGGCAUUAUUAUUUGUUUGAUACACUUUAUUUUUACUCCUUCAUUCAGAGUAGUAGGUCAAAAUGAUGGUACUAGAAAAUAAUUCAUCUUCAAAGGUAGUCAUGGUGAUGUGAAUACACACCCUCAACAUUUUACAGCAUCCAUACACUAACUUGAAGUACUUGUAGUAAUUUAAUAGAAUUUAUUAUCAUGCAGGGUGGUCCUUUUAUUUAUUCUGGCCACGGUUUUGAAAGGUGCAUUUAGAAAUUUGAAUGGAUGUACGGAAUACAUUAUUAUGUAUUAUGCAGCAUUUAGUCGUAUGCAAAUCUGUCUAGUUUGUACACUGUUUGAUUGACAUGUCGUAUGCAAAUCUGUCAGAAGAACUGAGGAGACAAUGCCGGUUUCGGUGUGUGUGUGUGUGUGUGUGUGUGUGUGUGUGUGUGUGUGUGUGUGUGUGUGUGUGUGUGUGUGUGUGUGUGUGUGUGUGUGUGUGUGUGUGUGUGUAUGUGUGUGUAGCAAAUCAUCUGUAUGUCAAAUCAUGUCGGGGAAGAGAUGAGGAGUUUUUUUGUUUUGAAACAAAAUUUUGAACUGAGCCAUGUUGGUUUUCAAAAAGCUGACUUUUCAAAAUGAAACAGAUCACUUUUGUGUGUGUGUGUGUGUGUGUGUGUGUGUGUGUGUGUGUGUGUGUGUGUGUGUGUGUGUGUGUGUGUGUGUGUGUGUGUGUGUGUGUGUGUGUGUGUGUGUGACACUUUGAUCUCUGCAGAUGCACCUCUCUAAAGCUGUGCGCCCGCAGUACUGACAGUCAAUAGAAUAAAGCUUUAGCGCAGCAUUAGUGCAGGAAUGUUUACUUGGUAAAACCAUUGUGUUCCUACACAUACAAAAGUACAUAAGUAAAGAUAACCUUUUCAAUGAAUUGCAGUACCAACAGUAUUACCCCAUUGUGACAUUCAAAAACAUGUUUUCAUAACUCUCGCAUGUAUGAAAUGGAUAGUUGUGAAGAUUACUGCUAAUGUAGUUCGUUGUUGGAAAACAGGGGCAGUGUUUCACAUGUACCUCUGUAAAUAAUGAUCACAAUGCAACCAAACUUGGACAGAAUGUUCACAGACUAUACAUUCAUGCAAUAAAUCAAAUGUUUCAUCAA